UUGUUUUGCUGCUGGCUCUUCACACGUGAGACAGAGGCGGAAGACGGAGCAGCCUCCCCGCCCGUCGGCCUUCACAGGCGGCUGAAGGUGACUCUCCUCUCGGCUGGGAUGCAGAGGCAGCUGGCGGGGCUGCCAUCGCUCCUGUUCCGGGGAAUUACCGCAGACUCCGGCGGGGCCUAGACCGGUAACCGGAAAAAUCCUCCUCCGAGCGGGUCUCUCCAUUCCCACAUCGUUAGUUUUAUCCGUUCGGUGUUUGGUCGGAGUGGGGUCCGGUACCGGGGGUGCAUGCAUGUGUUCUGCACCGUACGGGCGGAAAAGGCGCCCCAAAUCAGCCGCGAGCAUUUUCCCCAUAAGGGCGGAGCUGGAGCGGCGGGAGAGCGCGGAGGAAGCCGUGGACGGCAGCAGGAUGACCGUCCAGGAGUUCAACACCCUAGUGGCUCUGUACCGGGAGCAGGUCAUUUCCGUGGGCGAGAUCUCCGCAGACUGUCCGUCCCUGCGGGCGCUGAUGCACCAGACCCGGACUAAAGGAUGCUCCAUGGCCCGGGCAGCCCACCGGGACCUGGCCGUCAUCUCAGUCUCAGGGCCCGAGGACGGAGAGAUCCAUCCAGAAAUCUGCCGGCUCUUCAUCCAGCUGCAGUGCUGCCUGGAGAUGUUCAUCAUGGAGAUGCUGAAGUCCAUGUGCCUGCUGGGGGUGCUGCAGCUCCACAGAAAAAGGACGGACUCGGAGCCAAGGGUGGACUUCAGGGUGGACGAGAGCUCCGACGUUCCCAUCCUGGAAGAACGAUCUUCUUCUCCCAUAGAUUUUCCUCAUGAGCAGUGGCUGGUGGGAACUGAUAUAGAAAACAUAGAAAGAGAUAUGAGAGAGAUGAGAAACCUACUCAGCAAACUCAGGGAGACGAUGCCAUUGCCACUGAAAAAUCAAGACGACAGCAGCUUGUUAAAUCUGACCCCCGACCCGCUGGUCCGACAGAGGAAGAGACGCUUCCCCGGACUCUGCUGCAUGGUUUCAGGCUGAGAGCUCAUCGGCACACAGGAAGUACGUUGAUCUCACUUCCUGUCAUCAGUUCAUCUAUCCUUCAUGGUUGUUAAACGGUAUCUGAAAUUGUAAUCCUGGAAUAUCUGGAUUUUAUUCCUUUUUUAUUUCUAAUCUUGAUUUAGGCUUUUUAAGAGUUUAAAUAAAGCAAAUAUCAGUUCUGCUGUAAAGUUCUCAGCAGGAUUCAGGUUCACGUAGAAAAGACUCACUCGGUCUGUUUUGUUUUUAGUUUAAACAUCUUCAUUAUUUUAGAAAUGUCUCAUGAAACCUUCAGUCUAAUUAAAGCUAAUAAGUGUAAAUAUUCAGGCUAUGCACAGGCGUUUGUCCGACGCGUCGCCGUCCGUGUUUCUGCGCUAAACUUUGUGACGUGGCAGCAUGUUCACCAACCAUCGUCCACUUUAACGUGCAUACGUGGCUCUUAGAUGUAAGCACGACUCAUGCAGCUAGAAAAAUAAAAGAUUCAGAGCUAAUUCAGCAGAAAAAAGUAAAACCUCCAGAUUUAAUCUCAGUUUGAGGCUUGUUUUUAAUGCUUGGAUGUCGUCAGUGUUACUCAGAAAUGUUUGCCUGGUUAAAAAGUUCAGUUGCACUUCAGAAAAUUCAUUUUCUGCAUUAACAGCUGAUGAGUUUCACCUUCUGCUCAAACCCAGUAACGGUGUAAAAACUGGAGGUUUGGCCGUCAGCAGACAGAGCAUGUUCAGUUGAGUCAAAACUUAAAAGAGAAAGUAAACUUUUUUAAGGGAAAAGUCAAAAAUGUGGCUGCUGUUUUUUAUUUUGUGCUAAAUGCACUUCCUGGACUUUUAUUUUGAAAUGAUAACUCUUGUUUUUCCUCUCUGGCUCAAGUUUAACAAGCUGGUGAAUAUUUGUGUCUCCCAGCAGUUAAAAGGCUCUUUUCUGCUUGUUUUGGCAAAACAAAAACCAAACAGCUGUUGGGUUCUGGUUCUUCUGAAUGUAGGUGCGGUGUAGUCUGUAAAUAAACCACGUGUGUGUAGUUUUAUGUUUCGGCUUGUGUUUGAUGCGCGGUCAUCCUGCAGAGUAGAGACAAACAGCUGAUCUUGAUUAGCUUCUGACAUUUUAUAACAAAUAAAGUUUUAUAUGAAACUA